CAGAGAGACAGAAACAGAGAGACAGAGAGACAGAGACAGAGAGACAGAAACAGAGAGACAGAAACAGAGAGACAGAAACAGAGAGACAGAAACAGAGAGACAGAGAGACAGAAACAGAGAGACAGAAACAGAGAGACAGAGAGACAGAAACAGAGAGACAGAAACAGAGAGACAGAGAGACAGAGAGACAGAAACAGAGAGACAGAAACAGAGAGACAGAAACAGAGAGACAGAGAGACAGAGAGACAGAGAGACAGAAACAGAGAGACAGAGAGACAGAAACAGAGAGACAGAAACAGAGAGACAGAGACAGAGAAACAGGGAGACAGAAACAGAGAGACAGAAACAGAGGGACAGAGAGACAGAUAUACAGAAAUAGAGAGAGAGAGACAGAGACAGAGAGACAGAAACAGAGAGACAGAAACAGAGAGACAGAAACAGAGAGACAGAAACAGAGAGACAGAGAGACAGAAACAGAGAGACAGAAACAGAGAGACAGAGACAGAGAGACAGAAACAGAGAGACAGAAACAGAGAGACAGAAACAGAGAGACAGAAACAGAGAGACAGAGAGACAGAAACAGAGAGACAGAGAGACAGAGACAGAGAGACAGAAACAGAGAGACAGAGAGACAGAAACAGAGAGACAGAAACAGAGACAGAAACAGAGAGACAGAGAGACAGAGAGACAGAAACAGAGAGACAGAGAGACAGAAACAGAGAGACAGAAACAGAGAGACAGAGAGACAGAGAGACAGAAACAGAGAGACAGAGACAGAGAGACAGAAACAGAGAGACAGAGAGACAGAGAGACAGAAACAGAGAGACAGAGAGACAGAAACAGAGAGACAGAAACAGAGAGACAGAAACAGAGAGACAGAAACAGAGAGACAGAGAGACAGAGAGACAGAAACAGAGAGACAGAAACAGAGAGACAGAGAGACAGAGAGACAGAAACAGAGAGACAGAAACAGAGAGACAGAGAGACAGAGAAACAGAGAGACAGAAACAGAGAGACAGAAACAGAGAGACAGAGAGACAGAGAGACAGAAACAGAGAGACAGAGAGACAGAGACAGAGAGACAGAAACAGAGAGACAGAAACAGAGAGACAGAAACAGAGAGACAGAAACAGAGAGACAGAGAGACAGAAACAGAGAGACAGAAACAGAGAGACAGAGACAGAG